CCGUACCAAAACUCGAACCCAGUCCCUUUAGCACCACUGGUGGAUGAGACUCUAUGACAAACAAAUCAUCUUUCUCUUUCCUCUCCAAACAAAAAGUUCUUUGAUUUUCCCUUUUUACUGUUUGUACUUCCAGGUAUUUUUGCUUCUUUUUCUUAUAUAAAUUGUUCAAAAUGGCUUCUCCAUGGAUCUACUUUACAUCGCUAAUGAUGACUUGUGCAAGCAUAAUGUUGCACAUGUAUUUUACUGUCAUGUACUCAGAUUUAAAGGAUGACUUUAUCAAUCCUAUUGACUUGUCUCGAAAAUUGAAUCAUUAUGUUAUUCCUGAAAUGUUAUUGCAUGCCAUUAGUUCUGUUCUUUUAUUGCUUUCGGGAGCAUGGAUUUGCUUUUUCUUCAAUCUCCCUAUGAUCCUCUGGAACGUUCAAUUGUAUUUGACUCAUAACCAUCUCCACGACUCCACUACCAUCUUCAAGGAUGUGUCAAAUCGUCAAAAACGUUCCUUCAUUAAGCUCGCCUGGUUCUCCGUUCUCUUCUUCACUUACUUAUUCAUGUUUGUCAGCCGUCUCGUUGAUUAAAGAGAACCUGUUUUUCAAGCAACAUUUAAUGAAAAAGUAUGCCAAGUCUUGAAGUUGAAAUUUAUCUUCGCUUUCGACACUUGCAAAAUCCCUAGUGUUCCUCCCCUUUUUUUCUUUACCAUACAUUUUGUAGGUUAAUUUGUACAAUGACCUAUGACCUAUUGCCAUAAUCUCUUUUUUUUGAUGUCUAGGCUUGUUUUCUCUUCGUAUAGGAAAGGCAAUGAUUCUUAUAUUCCCUAAUGUACUUUUUCUAUAAGUUGUGUUUGCUUCUACAUCAAUGUUUGCGGGUACGUAAGCAGGUACACAAAGGAUUGACUUGAUUUGUGUUUCCUUAAUUACCCCAAUUUUAUGCCUUGGAUAAAUAAAAGAAUUUUUCGCUUACUUUUCGUUCUUUGUAGCCCAUCUCCCCAUUUUUUACAAUCAGA